AUGUCAAGCAACUAUCCCACGGAGCAAGACGAGCACGAAGAGGGCGAGCAAGGCGUUCAGGGAGGGGGGGUGUGGGUAGAUUGGAUCGAAGACGGUAAAUGGGAACAGGAAAAGCACGGAGAGAAUCAACCAAAUAAAAUAAAGAAUGGAAAGGUGCCAGAGCAGAAAAUAGGCAAACAACGAUCGUUGACGGAGCAGAUCUUCUCCAACGCGGCGUUCUCUCUCAGGCAGAUCCCAGAACGAGGCACGUUUGAAUUCUUCAGGUGA